GAAACUUGGAGAAGGUCGUUGGGAACCCUCUCUCUCUCACCCACACACACACACUUCACCUGGCACUCACACACACUCUCACACACACACACACACACACACACACACACUGAGAGCUGAAGCUGAGCUCAGUCCCAGUCUUCUGCUGCUCGUGUGAGGAGCCCCGCUCGUGAUCGGACUGUCGCCUGAAGCGAAGAGGCCGGAGCGGCGUUGAUUCGAUUUUACAGCCCAAUCACUCUCUCUGAGGCUCUGAUUAGUCAGACCGGGGAGACAAGAAGGAGGAGAAGAAGAAGAAGAAGAGGAGGAGGAGGAGGAAAAGUGAUGGCCAUGACCGGCAUUGCAGAGGAUGACCUGGAUGAGAUGAUGCGCGAGGAAGCGGAGGAUGUCUUCUACGAGGACGGAGUGUCGUCUCGCGUCCCGGAGAUCAUGGCGGCCGGCACCCACUCCCCCGGUGGGCCCAAUGGCAUAAUCCGGAGUCAGUCCUUUGCAGGCUUCAGCACGCUACAAGAGAGACGCUCACGGUGUAACUCUUUCAUGGGGAACUCUGCGGUGCAGAAGAAGCCUCAGUCCAAACCCAAGAAGCCUCACCUGUCGGGUCACAAGGGAGGCAGCUCCUCCAGAGAGCCACAGCCCAAACGACUGGAAGAAGUUUACACUGCUCUCAAACAAGGCCUGGAUGAGUAUCUGGAAGUUCAUCAAACAGAAUUGGACAAACUCUUGUCUCUGAUGAAGGACAUGAAGAGGAACUCUCGUCUGGGAGUGCUGUACGAUCUUGACAAGCAAAUCAAAACCAUCGAGCGGUACAUGAGACGUCUGGAGUUUCACAUAAGCAAGGUGGAUGAGCUGUACGAGGCUUUCUGCAUCCAGAGCCGUCUGAGGGACGGUGCCAGCCGCAUGAAGCAGGCCUUCUCCUCCUCCCCCUCCACUAAAGCCACCAAAGAGAGCAUCGCGGAGGUCAACCGCCGCUACAAGGAAUACACUGAGAACAUGAGCGCGUUCGAGAGUGAACUGGAGAACCUGCUCGGGGAGUUUCACAUCAAAAUGAAGGGUUUGGCAGGCUUUGCUAGACUCUGUCCUGGGGACCAAUAUGAGAUCUUCAUGCGGUAUGGUCGCCAGCGCUGGAAGUUGAAGGGGAGGAUUGAAGUGAACUCCAGACAAAGCUGGGAUGGGGAUGAGAUGGUCUUCAUGCCGCUCAUCACUGACCUCAUAAACAUCAAGGUGACGGAGCUGAAGGGGCUGGCCACUCACAUGCUGGUGGGCAGCGUCAUCUGUGAGACCAAGGAGCUGUUCACCGCCAUGCCUCAGGUGGUGGCUGUGGACGUCAACGACCUGGGGACCAUCAAACUCAACCUGGAGGUCACGUGGUACCCCUUCGAUGUUGAGGACCUGACUCUGUCGUCUGGAAACGUGAGCAAAGCUGCAGCUCUCCAGAGGCGAGUGUCCGUCUACAGCCAGGGCACGCCAGAGACCCCCACCUUCCAGGACUCCUCAUUCUUCUCCACCUUACCGGACGACGUCUUUGAGAACGGCGGCUGCGGCGUGGCCGAGUGCAAGCGUCUAUCCUUCACCUUCUCCGACACCUCUGGUUCCACGCCCAGCCCCAGCCCCGCCCCCAGCUCCUACUCCCCAGCACAGUCUAACCCCGAGAUCACCGUCACUCCCCCGGAAACAGAGACACUGGCCGCACAGAUCCUCCCGACCAGAGAGGACUCGAUUGCAGAGGAGCAUCUGGUGGAGGAAGAGGAGGAGGAGGAGUACGAAGAGGAGGGGGAGACCGGCAGCAGAGGGAGCAGGGGCAGCAGGACCAGCACCAGCCUCGCCAGCAAUGAAACGGAGGCGGCUGAGGACUCGGAGUGGGAGCGCACAGAGUCCCAGCGUAAUUCCAGUUCCAACUGCGGUUCAGCUGCCCCGUCCUUGUGUUCGGACGGACACCUGUCCACGGUGGCCCCCGAGGAUGUGUUCCUGGACCAUUCGGACGAGCUGAAACCCGUGGAGCUGGACACGGAGGAGCCAGGCAGCGUCACCAGGCAGCUUGUGAGGAGGCUGACGUCUUCGGAAAUUGCGCCGGCCGGCGGGAGCUCCACCGAGGGCGGCGGGAGCCUGAGUUGGGCCGGAGAGGGAAGCAGGGCUUUCCUGGAGAGUAGCCUGGAGGAGGCCAUCCACAGCCUGCUCAUGAGACUGGAGUCGCUGACUCACCGCUGCAGAGAGCUGCAGGACCUGGAGCAGGAAGUGAUGCGCUUGGAGGACCUGCUCAAGUGCCGUCUCCCGGGUCACCGGAGUCGGUCGUCCAGCCUCAGCCUGACAGUGGAGAGUGCCCUGGAGAGCUUCGACUUCCUCAACACCUCCGACUUUGAUGACGAAGAUACGGGCGAUGAUGCUGCCGUCCUCAGCAUUCCCCCACAGAGGUCUCCACUUUUUGAUACAGAUGGAGAGAGGAUUGGGGGCCAGCAUCCAGAAGCCAGAGGACAUCUGAGUGAAGCCCUGACAGAGGACACUGGGGUAGGCAACAGCGUGGCAGGAAGCCCACUGCCUCUCACCACAGGAAACGAAAACCUGGACGUGGCCAUCGUCAUCCACCUCCAAUACUGUAAUCACCUGAUAGAGUUGUUGACCGGUGGUGUAGGUCUGUGGCAGCGCCGCAGUCUGCUCCUCAAACUGUCUGGGCAGACGCAGCUGUUGGAAGAGCUAGCCGAGAUCAGCGUGGAUCGACUUGGAGCAAUUACAUCCGCUGCAGAUGUUCUCCCGAGCCUGGCAGAGCGCCCCCAGCUUAUGGCUCUGUGGUCAGAGUGCAGCGGGUCUGCAGGACUUUUCCACACCACGCUGGACAGAGUGUUCAAACACAUGAACCAGAGCUACAUGGCCGUGCUGCAGGAGAAACACCCACACAGCGCAGACACAGUGAUUGGUGCCGUCGUGGGCGAGAUGGUGGACAGGAGCGACCUGAUCGAGGCACAGAGUCCUGCUUCUGCCGCGCUCUCCCAGGACGUCCUGACGGUGUUUCAGUUCCACAGCUACAUCCUGCAGCACGAAGUCCAGGACAUGGAGACACACCUGCUGCACCUGGCCAGAGAAGAGGUGUUUGCAGAGGUCCUGUGCAGUGGGGACGUGUCCUCGUGUCUAGCAGAGCUGGAGGAGGUGCCUUUGUCUUCACUCUGGCCUAGAAACGGCACCCUGAGGGCCCUGGCCUCCCUGCUCACCGCAGAGGACCCGCAGGUCAACAAGGCAGCGGCUGACUACCUCUCAUCUGGAGCCUCGAGCAGACACUUCAGGAACAGGGCUGUGGAGUGCUACACCCAGGCGCUGUCAGAGGCCGGAGGUCAGAGCCAGAGGGCAGCCUGCUCAGCUCUCAGCUGUCUGCAGGCAGUGGAGAGCAUCAGGGCGGUGAUAGCGCUGUGCGACUCGGCUGAUGAGGAGCUACGUCAUGUCGCCAUAGAAACCCUGCUCACAUUUGGUGAGGAGGGGCGGCUGGCGUACGAGCAGCUGGACACGGUGCCGGGAGAGAUGAUCCGCGUGGGCACGCGGCGACCGAACGCCGUCACCACUGCAUUCUGAGCCACCACGCCGCCGUACAAGACACCAGACUGCGUCCCUGCAUCUCCUCAGCUUAACCUCAGACCGCUCACCUCACAGGGCUCUCUCCGUGGCCCGAUGCGUCUAUUGAGUUACUUCUCCAGCCUAGAGCCUGUUCCCACUGACACUGCCUCUGCAGAAGGAACUAACACCAAACAAACUGUCUUAAACACAAGGACGACAACAGCCUGAGCCACAACCCUGCACACACUUACACUCCUCAUUCCCGUAUCGCCUAUGUUUUGUUUUUUUUGGACACUCCCCCGUACGUACCCUGCUUUCUGAGCCAGGCAGAGUGGUCACGUUACGUUAAACUGGAAAGCAUUUAAAUUUAAGAGCUGCUCCAAAGACUGCGGCAGUUGAGCAUCUUGAAUCACCUAUCACCAAGCUAACCGCUGCACACUUCUUGCAUCACUUCCUGUUUGCUAAUCAGCUUGAUUGUUACAGCCGCGUCACGCAAUAUAAUAGGAUCUCUGUAUAAUCACUGUAACACAUGUUUUAGUUGGUGGUUUUGCAUUAGUUUUUUUUUUUUUUUUUGCCGCUUUCAGAGGAUUUGCACUGUUGUGAGGCAUGUAAAUAAGGCAUAUUUUACACAGCCGGUGUAACAUAUGUGGUUGUACUCAAAAAAUGUAAUUUAAGUUCUGUUUUCUAGUACGUUCCUUUUGAGUUUCAGGGAUUCUCGUAUGGUUGAAAGAUGUGCGCUUGUUUUCAGGGAGGACCAUAAAUUAGUCGGCGUGUGAGAGGAGGUGACGUUAAAAGGCUCCGCGGGAAGAGCUGAAACCGGUCAGCGCAGUGCUCAUACUUGCAGUUUAACAAGUGCAAUUUUUUUCUGUACAUAUGUGAUUCUUCUUUUGCGUCUGAGCUGACCAGAGAGGACGUUUGAUAUCGCCAGCUUUUACCACUUGAGCCUUGGUGUGGUGGGGCAGGCAGAUUCCACAGACGCUCUUUUGUAAAUGUAGUUUUCUUAGCAGGACAGGAGCCAGUCGAGGGCAAUAAAUUCACUUAAGGGUGGAGAGUGACUGUACAGAGAAGGAUCUGUCGUUGAGGAUACGUGUAGCCUCCGUUGUGGCACAUUUCAUGGGGCGUGUGAGCUAAAAGCAGAAUGAGAAAUGAAUUGUUCUGUCUUUGAUCUGUUAACUGUGAUGUGGGAAAACUGACCCGAGGUCAGCUUCUGAUUCCAACUUUUCUCAUCGUCACCGUACUACUGAGUCUAGUGCUAGGGCACGACGACAAAACUCGCAUAUGUUCACGCAACUUAUUUAUUAUUUACUCCUUGUAAUUCUAAUAUUCUUUGGAGUUAUACUGUAGUAGUGCAGAGGACAUUGUUAUGUAAAUUAAUUGUAUAUUUAUGUUCUAUUUUCAGGUCUAGUAUUUGAAAUAUUGUCUUUGGUUUUAAAAAACAAAAAAGCCUCCUUGAAACAGAUCUGCUUAAUUUUAAUUGGAGUUUAUUUUGAAGGAAUUAUAUUAGAUUAAUUAUUAUGUUGGAGAAGAUUUGCUAAUAGCCUAAUAGAUUUUUUUUUUCCUUAAAGGUCCCUAAAGAACGGGACGUUUAUAUAUUAGAGAUGUUACUUUAUUACCUUGUAGAUUUACUGUAACCAAAGGAAAAGUUGAUUUUAAAUUUAUCUUUUAUCAAGAGCUAAUCAAGGAGAAUGUAUUUUCAAUACAACAAAUAAUUUUUGGCCCAAACACUCAGACCUAUCUUUAGAAGCACAAAAAAUAAAUAAGUGAGACAAACCCAUAAUAUAUGGACCUCGUUGCAUUUGGUUGUAACUGCACAGUCCUAAAGCCAUAUUGAUUAAAAACAAGUGGUAGUAUUUUUAUGAAAUGUAUUUUUUUUUCUUUUGUAUUAUAAUCUGUAAAUGUGUGAACUGAUACUAAAAGCUAAAGAUGAUUUUUUUUUUUUUUCUGUACAGCCUUUUGCCUUUUAAGUACUUCUUCUGUGAUGUGAAUAGCAUUACAGUAUUUUGACCUAGUAUCUAAUUCAUUCAUUCAUUCAGUGUAAUUCUUUUUACAAACUUUUAUUUGAACAGUGUUAUACUUUAAUUGGUGGGCUGUUCAGUUCCUAAUCACCGCAAAGUACAAGUUGGCGAAAUGUCCACGUUUAAUUAUUUAGACAGGUUUUAAUACCUCUGGCACACUGUGGUCGACGAGCUUCAGUACUGAUCCAUCUGGUUGCAUACUACUCUUCUCCAUUGUGGUUAGCAGCAUUUCUCCUGCUCAUCAAAAGUUGCAAUAAAGUUUAUUUUUGCAUAAUUAAAAUGAAA